AUGAAGACUUUGUGUUCCAUUCUUCAGGAUCACAGAACUAUGCAUCAAGGAAACCACACCACCAUAUCUGAAUUCAUCCUCCUGGGACUCUCCAACAAAGCUGAGCAGCAGAAUCUCCUCUUUGUGCUGUUCCUGGGUAUGUACCUGGUCAUUGUGCUUGGGAAUGGACUCAUCAUCCUGGCCGUGGGCUUGGAUUCAUACCUGCACACCCCCAUGUAUCUGUUCCUGGCCAACCUAUCCUUUGCCGACAUUUCCUCCACUUCCACCUCGGUCCCCAAAAUGCUGAUGAACAUUCAGACCAAGAGUCAAUCCAUCUCCUAUGAGAGCUGCAUCACACAGAUGUACUUCUCCAUCGUGUUUGUCGUCAUCGACAAUUUCCUCCUGGGGGUCAUGGCCUACGACCGCUUUGUGGCUAUCUGCCACCCUCUGACCUACACGACCAUCAUGCAUUCCAGGCUCUGUGUUUUGCUCACUGUCAUCCCCUGGCUCCUCAGUAAUCUGGUAGCCCUGACACACACCCUUCUGCUCACUCGACUGGUCUUCUGUGACAGCAACGCUCUCCCACACUUCUUCUGUGACUUGGCCCCUCUGCUCAAACUGUCCUGCACAGACACCGUGAUCAACGAGCUUGUGUUGUUUACCGUGGGCUUAUCGGUUAUCAGCUUCCCCUUUGCCCUCAUCUUCUUUUCCUACGCCUGCAUCGUCAGGGCUGUCCUGAGAAUCUCAUCCGCAGAGGGGAAGUGGAAAGCCUUCUCCACCUGCAGCUCUCACCUGACCGUGGUCCUGCUCUUCUAUGGGACCAUUGUGGGGGUUUACUUUUUCCCUUCGUCCACUCACCCUGAGGACACAGACAAGAUUGGGGCAGUCCUGUUCACUGUGGUGGUACCCAUGAUGAACCCCUUCAUCUAUAGCCUGAGGAACCAGGAUAUGAAAGGAACUCUGAGGAAGCUCAUCAAUAAAAGAAGGUUACUUCCUUUGAUACCAUGA